AUGGUUCCAAUGAACCUUUCUGAGGAGCAAAAGCAACAUCGAAUUACCAUCGCAGAAGACUGUUUGGAACAAGUGGAAAGCGAUUCUACGCUGCUUGAUCGAGUUAUUACUAGCUAUGAGAGCUGGUUUCUCCAAUACGACCCGGAAACCAAACGCCAAAGCUCACAAUGGUUGUCUCCGCACGCUCUUCGCUUAAAAAAAUCUCGCAUGAGCAAGUCGAAGGUGAAAACGAUGAUUAUUACCUUUUUUGAUAGACAUGGAAUUAUCCACAAAGAAUUUAUUCCGUCGGAGCAAACCGUAAAUUAA